AUGUCAGGUUUUGUGUAUAUUUCAUUAACUCUUUUUGGUCAAAUUAUUGUUUACUUUUUAACCCAAUUGAGGAUCUUCAAUACAUUUUUUUUUCUUCUUCUUCCUCUAUUAUUGUACAACAUAAGCCUUUUUUUUCCUUCUUUCACUUACACAAUUCAUAACUUGUAUUGUUCUUGUAACACCAAUGGCUGGCUCUUAUUACAUCACGCAUGUUCCGCCAUUGUAUUGUGGUUGCAGUUCUCAUUUAUAGAUAUAAGUUGGUAUGGAACAAACUUUGGAAAUUUACAAAAAAUAUACAAACCGCACGGCUUUUUUCUCGACCCCGGAGAUAAAUUACAAAUAAACGUCUCUGAUUUCAAAACCACAAAAUACGUCAUUUAUCAUCAACUAAGUCGCAUGGCUAUCUUAUAG